AUGGGUAUUUGUUUUGGUUUGUGGGAAACACCACGUAUACUGUAUAUACUUAUUAUUUAUUGGAGUAUUGUAAUCAUUACAGACUUGGUUUUAGGCGACGAGAACCUGCAUGACAGAAUGGACAGAGAGAAAAAGCGACCACCUACCUUAGGUCUGAAGCAGGCUACCAAAGGGAAGGACACACAAUGGUAUAAGGGAAGGUUGUGUCCAAUUAGAAAGCAGAAUGCGUGGUUUAUAAAACCAAAGGAAGAACUCCCAAAUGGCUAUUGCAAAUCAAAAGAUGUGUUUAUGUAUCCAAAUUACAUAUCUCAAUAUGUUCUACCCGUGAUGGAGGGUGAUAUGUUGGAAUUCAUCUUAGGAGAUCGAGACAAGACGAAACCUAUGGCACAGAAAGUGCGUGUAUCUCAGUAUACACCUCGAACUUGUAAGGAAUUAACUGAGUAUAUGAGAAAGCUGAAUGAGGAUUUGGAUUGUGCUAAUUUUCAAAAAGUGCUUGUGCAGGUAUUACCAUGUACAGCAAUGUGGAGGUUUCUUGGAUCGCCCAUGUUUAAAGCCGUGCAAGGUUUGUAGGUGUAAUAAUUUAUUAAAUCUUUAUUUAUCUAUCUAUCCAUCCAUUUAGUUAGGUGGCUUAAAUGGCCUAUUUUACAAAAGAAUUUUUUUUUUACACCAUCACACACACAAUAGUUCACUUGAUACAGAAAUUAUAACUAGCAGAAAAUUGAGGAUAUCUACUCUGCAUCAUAAAUGAGCAUGCACAAUUGCAUUGUCGCGGAAUUAAACGUACAAUUUCGCAUGAUGUGUAAGUCGUAGGCCAUUCCAUUUAAUACCUACACCCACGUGGACGAAAUUUUCCGAGUGGGUAGAAAAUUCCACGUUUCUGAAGGGUCCCCAAAUUCUGGGACAAUUGAAAAAUUUCUGAAGUGGUCAAGAAAACUUUUACGAUUUCCAAAGGGGUCACUAACGAUUCAGGGAAAUUUCCGGGGGGUCGUGGAAAGAAAUGGAAAGAUUUCUGAAGGGGGUUUCUUGCCAUGGAUCCUCGUUAACAGGUGUUUCCAAGGGGGUUGAGAUUCCUGAAGGGCAUUGGCAAAAACCGUUUCUGAAGAGGUCUAAAAUAACAGGUCUCGUCCACAGGGGUGUAUGCAAGGUACGAUAUAUCAUUUUGCUGCUUUUUCGCGAAUUCUUUAAGCCAGUGGAUUCAUGUACAUGCAUUCUGCUGUAUGUAUAGAUACUCUAAUAUUUGCCAUUUUUCUUUCAAAAUAAUAUUUUUCUUUAAAUGAAAAAAAUAUAGGCAAAAUCCCAAAAAUCCCGCAGGAGGAAGCUUUCAAAGCAAUUAAAUUUGGGCAACCUCGUACCCAGCCUCUCUUUCCACUACGCGCCUCCCUAGCGAGGCGCGUAGUGGAAAGAGCCUAAUUUGGGCUCCUAGCAAAAAUUCAAAGUUGAUAAUCAGUUGAAGAUCUGAGAAAAGCUUAAUGCUUUUAUCCACUCUGUAAGUAUUAGUAUAGAUAUAUAAUUAUCACUUAUUUACUGAGACCGAGGGAAACAGUGUGUUUUGUGGACCCGAGACCGAUCAAGGGGCCACAAAACACACUGCUUUCCCGAGGUCUCGGUAAAUAAGUGUUUUGUUAUAUAGUAUAUAGCUAAGUGUCAAAAUAUGAAUAAUUCACCGGUUAUUCGAGUGAACUUAAUUUGAAACCAAAACGCCGGUUCAUGGAACGCCGUAAAUGUUUAGUAAAAAGUUUUAAAAAUGAACUUUGGAACUUCAUGGUUGACACGCAUGCGUGUUGCACCCAUUUUAUUAUUGACCGGUCAAUAAAUGUUUGAUUGCGGACCGGUUGCAAAACAUAACGUUUUGUGGACCGGCACUUGACACGGUUUUGACCAAUCGGCAAACAGAAAAAUUGAACUUUGACACUAACUAUAUAACAAUACCAGAUAAUAUUAAUUUGAGUACUAGACAAUGCUAUUGUAUUAUCUUAUUAGUUAGCCUAUUUGAUAAUUAUAAUAGUAUGUGAUUACUUGUUGGAUUAUCUAUUAGUUAUUUGGAUAAUCUAUUAAUUAUCUAUUAUUAGCUAUCAGCUGUCAGGUGGCUUGAUUCAACUAUUACAAUAUCUAAUUACCUAAUUUUUUUGUGUGUUGGUGUAAUGUACUCAGGUGAAUUAAUAUGAUGCUUGUGAUAUUACUCUGAGCGUGUAUAUCCACACCGGGCAGGUGUGGAUAUAAAAAAAAUUAUGAUUACAAGAUUACAUCGAUAUCCGGAAGGAACUAGACUCAGUUCCGAAAUAUCACAUACUCGAACCGACCUGACCGCGUAGCUCAGUUGGCAGAGCAUUGGGCUAGUAUUCCAAAGGUCGUAGGUUCGAUUCCCACCGUGGCCAGGUAUAUUUUUCAAGCCUGCCCGGUGUGGAUAUACACUCAGAGUAACAUCACAAGCAUCAUCUAAUUACCUGUUGUAUUGUCUAUUAUAUUGCUUAUUUAUAGUAUAUAUAUAUAUAUAUAUAUAUAUAUAUAUAUAUAUAUAUAUAUAUAUAUAUAUAUAUAUAUAUAUAUAUAUAUAUAUAUAUAUAUAUACUUAGUUAUUAAUGUACUUAUAUUAAUUCAUUAAACAGGCAGCCGGGCUGGGCGCGCUUGAUUACCCAUUGCAUUAUGAACUUCAUGGCACUCGGAGACUGCAUACCUCCACCAGCCAAUUAUGCUGUGUAUCAUGCAUACAUAAUAAAGUGGGCUAAUUACGCAUUCAGUUUAUUCUGCAGACCGGUAAAGAAAGACAAAUUUUGCUAAUUUCUCAUCCAAUUUCCAUCCAAAUGUACCCAUAAUUUAAUCAACUUGUCCUUGGACAAUGCCCAUUAGUCCCCCAUUAAGUUAUCGUGCUGCCAGGCACACACACACACACACACACACACACACACACACGCAGAGAAAAACGCAACCUCGUGGUGGAGGUAGCAACACCAAACCGCGUAUACCGAUUCUAAUAUUAAGUGCACAAACCACUUGUGCUAUACAAACACCCCGUUGACGUGUACUACAGUGUUAGGAUUUGAUUCCGGAUAGCUUUUAAUUUUGCUCUUACAGAUGAAGAAGAUACCAGAAUGACGUACGUUGAGCUUCUCUUGAGUCUAUUUAAGCUAAUUUUACAUCAUGGAAGACCUUAUAAGACACUUUUACAAGAUGUCAUAAAGACAUUCACGCGAGGAACAAUAUUUCAAACUACAAAAGAUCAAAGCCUUCCCAAGAUUAUCAAGUCUUGCAAUUAUGGAAAAAAUGACAAGUUCUACACUGAGGAAGAGGACGCAUUCUUAUCCGCAGAGCUCGUUAGAAGUUUUUGCCAAGAUGCUAUUCGUCAGGUUCCGUCUGUCACUCAUUGCCUUUUGCCUACAGUUGCUGCAAUCAGCGAGAAGAUAUCAAGCUCCUCAACACAGAGUUUUUUAUACACUCUGUUAUCGCUCAAUUCUGCAGGAGAAAAUGAGUUCAUUGCUAAUGCAAGUACAUGGAUGGGAUUACCUUUAAUACCAACUGGCCAUGAACUAGCCGGACAUUUGGUUGAAAAAGACAAAAACCUGAUGCCUGUGAGAACUCGCAUUCCCUACGACGACCCGGAACAGUAUAUGGAUACGUACUUCCGACUGGCCCGUGCCGAAACCUUUUCAGCAAUGCAGCAUGGAAUAAAAGAUCUCAAGGCUUCCACACUGGAUCUAAGAGAUAUGAAUGUUUAUUAUAACAUCCACCUUGCUGGCUUCGGACUACAAAGUGGUCGGUUCUCGUUGGCAAUUCAUUUUACACCCACUAAGGAGGUCAAGAAAUGGGAAACUUCACCUCAACUCAUGUAUGGUAACUUGGUGUGCGUUUCCAUUAACGGAAAGUUUGAUGACGUCAUUUGGGCAACGGUGUCCAAUAGGGAUACACAAUUACUGAACGAACGUCAGAUAAUUAUGUUGGAAUUGUUGGAUGAGAAUAACAAGACCAUGAGCGAAAUUAUAAACUUGCUACAGACCCAAGGAGGUAUUUACAAGUAUUUGCACAUAGAAUAUGGUUAGUGGCUUAGUGCAUGCUUACACCUCUGUGACUUACGCCCGUAUUCUAAAAGUUCACUCACACUUAAUGAGUGGAAAUUCAAUUUGAGUUUCUCUCGAGUAUCAUUGCUGUUUUUGAACAGCUCGAGGGUUAGCUUACUAUAACAAGAUACCUUACUAUAACAGCAUAGAGAAGCUCAGAUUGAACUUCCUCUCACUGAGUGUGAGUGCGAGUGAGCUUUUAGAAUACAGGCGUUAGAUUCGAUUCCUGCGACAUGCAGUUGUAUGGCAUAAUUUCACCUGAACCAAGUGGGAGAAGAGAUUAGUUUGACUAUACUAAACACUCCAGUUUUUAUCCGGGUACUCCGGUUUUAUCCGAACACUCUGGUUUUUCGAAGGCCCCUUCUGCCUUUGUAGCUGAAUGGGUCACCCUGCCUAAAUAAUAGUAACACCGCAGGACCAUCGAUUAACCUCACAGGACAUCUAAGUAGAAUAUUCUACAACGAGCAAGGUUAACUAGCUAGAGAAAGUAAAGCUGAAAUUUUAGAUUGGGCAGAUUUUUGUGUUGUUAUUGCUCUUGUAAUGCCUAUGCAAGCUGAGAUUGUGUUGUAUAGUAUUACAAAUUCAUUUUUGGGUAUAAACGUUAGGGGUUCUAACAUUAUUUCGCCUUUCAAAGGUUCAGCAGUCAUGGUAGAAUCACCGACCUAUUACCACUCGCUAAGUCCUGUCCUACGAAGUUUAAAAGAAUUCGACAUGGAAAACUUUCCACUUCAAGCAGAUGUUAUCUACGCUAAACCUGCGCGGGAACUACCAGAUUAUUUAAAAGAAGCCACAUUUGAAACGUCAAUAGUUUGCUGGUCCAAAAAGACAAACAGUGCCGCUGAAAAAAAGCAAGGAUAUAAGCUUGAAGAAGGAAAGGAUUCCAGCAAUACAGUAGAAGCAAGUGAAAGAGAGGAUAUUGAAGAAUUUGAAGCGAUUGACACGCAGUCAAUUGACUCGUCUUGUGGAAUUGAUUUGGAUAGGGAGUUUUAUCGAGAUUCUUUCCCUGACGAAGAGAAAAAUGCUGAACACAGUUUACCUGAAUACGACGAGGACGAACAACUGAGUGAAUAUGACGAGGACGAACAACUGAACGAAUACGAUGAGGACGAAGAACUGAGUAAAUAUGACGAGGACGAACAACUGAGUGAAUAUGACGAGGACGAACAACUGAAUGAAUACGACGAGGACGAACAACUGAGUGAAUAUGACGAGGACGAACAACUGAGUGAAUAUGGCGAAGACGAACAACUGAAUGAAUAUGACGAGGACGAACAACUGGGUAAAUAUGACGAGGACCAACAAUUGAAUGAAUAUGACGACGACAAACAACUGGAUGAGUAUGACGAGGACCGUGAACAGCUGGGUGAAUAUAACGAGGAUGGCCAACUCGGUGAAUAUGACGACGACGAACAACUUAGUGAAUAUGACGAGGAGGUACAAAGUGAAGGUGACAAGGCGUCAACAAGCAGUGAUGAUGAUAUGGAAGUUGAGCCCACCAGUACAAGUACCUCAAAUUCAUCACAAGACACGUCCUCGCAGGAAAGACUUGGAAGAAGAAUGAAUGUUGAAAGAUUCUUAGAAAUUUUUGACUCCAGCUCGGAGUCCUCUUUGGAAGCAAGUCAAUGUGAAGCACUUGUUCAUGCUCUGAAGAAUAGAUUGGCAGUUAUUCAAGGUGAGCAGGUGAUCUUAAUGCCACAUAUGUUAAUAUCCUUAAGUUUUUUUGUUUCUAAAUAGCUAUCAUUCCCAACGUCUUCACCAGAUCCUACAUUUGUUGGUAAAAAAAGUCCUCCAAGUACCGUGCCAGGCGUCUUCACUUGAAAACGCGAGUGUGUUUUCAGGUAGUGCAUUUAUUGGACCCUUGUGUUCAAAUCUCUGAGUAGGUCUGUUUUCUGUUCCCUAGGUCCACCGGGUUGUGGUAAAACAUUCAUCGGAGUUAAAAUCGCACAACUGUUGUUAUCGCUUUCUCCGAAGCUUGGGAAACCAAUUUUACUGUUGACGUACAAGAACCAUGCCCUUGACGAGUUCCUGAAGCACAUGAUGGGAUUUUGCCAGAAAAAUGAGAUUGUUAGGAUUGGAGGAAGAUCGAAGGAGCCAGAGUUGGAAGAAUGUAAUCUGAAAAAUAUUCAAAAUUUAGUGUUGUAUGAGAAAGCUACACGCGCCGAGAUUCAAAACACAAGAACUGAAAUCAUCGAUAUCGAAUCAAAAAUUAAGAAGAUUUCAGCAGAAGUCGAAGCUAGUUCCUACCUGACACGAAGGAGUUUAGUGGACGAACUGGAGGAGGAACAGCUGCAAAAUUUGAUUGUUGAAGCUGGUUGGGGAAGUGGGCCGAUGAUUUACAGAUUGGGUAAGAAGAACGCAGACAAAACAUGGAUCAAGAAAAUGUUGAACAAUGCUUCUCAUAUUUAUGGUUCGGUUAAAGAAUUUCUUCAGAUAGCUUUGCAAACCAAACUGUCGAAGACUGACCAUGUUGGUAUUCAGUGUAUCACCAUUUUUCAUAAAGCGUUUCAGCAUUGGUUUCCUGACCUUAAAGAACUUCAAAGAAUGAAGGAAUUUCAAGCCGAGUUUAUCUUGCAGAUCCAAAGCGAGACAACAACUGACGAAGACGUGCCGAAAGGAUCGGAAGACAGUAAUGAUGACGAUGAUAGUGGAGAUGAAGAUUAUGUGAAGCAAUUACAGGAAACAAGAAUGGCUGUAGGAGCAAGACAAAGAUUCCAGUCUGAUGAUAUGAUACUUUUCAAUCCCACUAACACCGACAACCGAAAUGAUAUUUUAGUUAAAAUAUCUGACUAUCCUCCCGACAUGGUAGUAAGUUCGCAAAUUCGCUGCGUGAACAAUCUUUACCGAAAAGACAGGAAUAAUGACUUACGUGGGGGCGGAAUUUGUACCUUUAUACGUGCUAACCUUUACGUCCUUGAAGUAUGCGACUUGGGCGAUCCGGAAGUUGAAAGCCAAUGGUUCGUGUUAAAAACUGAUCGGUUACCCAGAGGAAUUAACUCUAUUCUACUAGGAAUUAUUUAUCAUCCCCCACGUAACGACGACCGGCACCUUAGGUCCCACAUCUUUAAAUGCUUGGACCAACUCCUAACAACUUACCCGAACUCUGGCAUUCUAGUUCUAGGAGACUUUAAUCAGUUCCAUCCAGGUAACCUCUGUUGUUCCUUUAAAUUAAGAAAACUCGUUACAGAACCAACUAGGGGAAAGAAUAUCCUUGACCAAGCCUACACCAACUUGACGUCCUAUUACAACUCUGUCAUCUUACCUCCUAUUGGCUCAUCUGAUCAUCGUAGUAUUUUAUUGCAACCAUCGUGUAGAGAAAACCCCAGCGCUCCAACUAUUAGAAUCCAACAACGUGAAUGCAAGGCUUCAAACAAACGUGUUUUGAUUUCAACACUAGACCAUAUAAACUGGACGCCAAUUUAUAGACUUAACUCAUGCGAAGAACAACUCGAUGUCUUUCAGAGUACGAUUUCAAACGCCAUCAAUUUUUGCCUUCCAAUGCGUUCCGUUAAAACCUACACCCGUGAUAAACCAUGGAUUACUCAAGAUAUCAAAGGCUGCAUCAAAAAGCGCCAACUCGCCUGGGUAAGAAACGACACCAAACAAUACAAAAUUUACCGAAAUAAGACCGCAAAACUCUGUAAAAUUGCUCGUAAACGUUUUUACCAAAACAAAAUCCGACACACGCAAGAUAUUAAUCCUAAAAAGUGGUGGGACAACAUAAAAAUGCUCUUCCGCUUAUCAAAACAGCAACCUCCAAUGAGCAUGCUUGUAAAUGGUUCCGUACUCAAGGAUAAACAACUAGCCGAGGCCAUUAGUGAUUCCUUCUAUCGAGUCUCUAGCGAUAUUCCUACCCUACAUUUCCAACCGAUCCCAGUCACUUGUAUCCCAGAGUUGUACAUAAUUUCUCCCGAAGCUGUGGAGGCUCGUCUAUCCUGCAUUAACGAGCGUAAGGCAACUGGCCCAGACGAAAUUCCGAAUUGGCUGCUGAAAAGUUGCGCAGUUAAUUUAAGUCAGCCAGUUUGUUCCAUUUUUAACGCGUCGAUUAGGAAUGGCGAAGUCCCUAAACUAUGGAAAUCAGCAGAUGUAUUGCCACUUGGAAAGAUCACUCAACCAAAAUCUAUCGAAUCUGAUCUCAGACCGAUUUCUUUAACUACUGUUCUAAGCAAAAUUCUCGAAAGUUUUGUGUUUAGUUGGCUUGCCCCUAUUGUAAUGCCACAUAUCGAUCCAUACCAGUUUGGAAGUGUCAAAAGAUCGUCUACUACACAUGCCCUUGUACACUUAGUUCAUUAUUGGCUUUCUGCCCUGGAAGCACCAAACACGAUGAUCAGAACUUGUUUAAUCGAUUUUGCAAAAGCCUUCGAUCGAAUUGAUCACAACAUUCUCAUGCAUAAACUAUUGAUCCUUGGGGUCCCUCCGGUGCUUUUAAACUGGUGCUCGAGCUUUCUCCAAGAAAGACAACAACGUGUUAAAGUGGGAACUCACAAAUCAAGUUGGAAACAAAUCGCAGCUGGGGUGCCUCAGGGAACCAAAUUAGGCCCUUUGUUUUUUCUUAUUAUGGUGAACGAUCUGAGAUGUAAUGCACCAUUGUACAAAUAUGUUGACGACUGUGCGGUUACUGAAAUCAUUAAAUCAUUUGACUUGCAGUCAUCCAGUUUACAACGUGAGAUCGACUACAUAAAUCAAUGGUCGGUUAAGAAUAAUAUGAAAUUAAAUGUCACAAAAACUAAAGAAUUCAAUAUAUCUCUGUCUAGCGCCCCACAUUCGUUCCCUGCUUUAUCUAUAGACAAUCAACAUCUCGAAGUUGUCCACACUGUUAAGCUUCUGGGAGUGUACUUGUCUGCUGAUUUAAAGUGGACGACGCAUAUUGACCACAUAUGUUCCAAAGCCAGUAAACGUCUAUUUGUAAUUCGAAUAUUGAAACGAAACGGCGUUGAAGUGUGGGAUCUUAGAAAU